AUGCCGCGUCCAAAAUCAAUCCGCGCGCCGACAACCGCCAGUCUCCCAAACAAUCUCCGCAUCCCCUCCACCACCCCUUCGCUCGUGAAGACAUUGGGAAAACUGCCCCGCCAAUCGCUGCUAGAUCUUGUCUUUCAAUGGCUAGACGACCGGAAUGUACAGCAGUUUCCUCCUUUCUUGGAAGCAGAUGAGGAAGAAGCCCCCGAUGACGAAGGUUUACGCCCGUACCCGGCUGAGCGCACCCUCAACGACGUGCGCAAUGCCUACCAAGAGCUACAAUUUCGAAAGGGCGGGAAACGAGAGGUGGUCGAUCGCAUAUUAGAUGGAGAUUGGAGGCAUGGCAUUACUCUGCGACAGGUCGCGAUGAUCGAUCUCCGAUACAUAGAUGACCACCCGGCGAGCUUGCGAUGGACGGCGCUAGAACUCACGCGCAUCGGCGUCUCAAGCACUGAGGCGGGAGACACCUCCAUCGCAGACAUCUCAGCCUGCAUACCGCGCAUUCACGCCUCUACAUUCCUCAGUAAACUCCAAGAGCAAAUCUCGCCGCUCGUGAAAGCGCACUUCUACCUCGCCCGCUCUACAACUCACCCACUCACCUUCCUCCGCAUUUUCGUCACACACUCGCCAUACCAGAAUCCGCGCCAGGCCCCGGACACCCUCACCGACUCAUCGCGGGUCAUGUACGUUGCAUUUCCAGACAGCUGCCCUUACGUAUACACAUCUCUAGCUUCUACCACCGGAUCUAAAGCAACCGCUGGCACCGCGGUCGCGACAGACGCGCGGACCCUGCAGCGCAUCGUCCGAGAUGCCGUUCCGAAAGCCCUCUCCCUCCCUCACCAACGUUACGCCCUCAAAUCGACCUCUCUCACAGCAAAGAAUCUCCAGGCGCUACUUGCUCUCCGUGGCCCCGGCCGCUCGAACAAGGCAAACGGCGCAUUCAGCAUUUUCGCCGACGCCGUACUCGAGGGGAGUCCGCUAGACCCGCGACCAUCCAAUACUAUAUCACCGGAAGAACACCAGAAGCAAACCACGUAUUCUCAACCCGACCAAGAGAAGGAAAACAAAUCUGCAGAUACCGACAAGGAAAAUGACGCCGAGGAGCCAGCCUCUCAACAAAACGUCCCUUCCCGCCGAGCCAGAGACCUCGAAACAGACCCGCGCACGGCUAAAAAACGCAAACGAACUGUUCAAUCGCGCUUCGGUAUUUCUGGGACUUCACUAUCAGCUGCACCUCUCGAUCGUCUUGAUGCCCGACUUCUCGAUCUUCCAGGCGUGGAUUCGAAUGCGGACGACGACGAAGAUGAUGUUUCCCGUCCUGCCCUUGCUCUCACAUUUACCGGCACGGAUGUUAUAUCCGGUAUCCGCAAGCUCGCCGAGCUCGGUAUCGUGGAUGCAGAGCGUAUGCCAUCCUGGAUGACGGGUGAAGAGGGCAUCAGUGUGGCUGUUGUGAAGAGAAGACGGGUCCUCAACGAUGGUGGUUGA